AUGGAGCCUGUAAGCCCUGUAAGUUGCGAAGCUCACCAACCUACAAGACAGCACGACAAGAAGGUCGAAGGCUUGGCUGCCUUCGCCAAAGCGGACAGUGCCCUGGGCUAUGACCGCGGAGCCGUGGCGGCCGCAGCAGCGCACCUGGACUCAGACCGAUGGGAAGUGCGGAAGUCGGCGGUGAAGGCCAUCCUGGCCCUGGUCCCAGUAAAGAUCCACGCCUUCCUCCCAAGCCUCGUCUCGGUGGUGGCUGUGCAAAGCGACCAAGUAUGGGCCCAGCACAGCGAUGUGAUCAACUCAAUGGUGUGGCAGUGCUGCUCUCCACAGGAUGAGCCUUCGAGGAGGAUACCUCGUCUCGUGCAAUACUUUGCGGAGUGCUUCUACAAGAAAAGCCUGAGUGGCAAGUAG